UUCAGAUUUUGUGAAUGACUUCAGUUUUUCUCCAUUUGAUGACUCUGUUUUAGCAACAUGUUCUAAAGAUUGCUUAGUAGGUGAUAUACUGUAGAUAUGGUUGAAGGCUGCCUUGUGUUUUUUGAAUGAACUUGUUCCACGUGUUUCCAAUUGAUUUUAUUAUUAAUCUCUACAUACUGUAGAUCAAGAUUUGGACCAUUCCGGACGGUGAUUCUGCGGGUGGCAUUUCCAAUCCUGAGAUAACAUUAAGUAAUCAACAGGUAAGUACCAUGAGCAAUGUUUCCCUUACACACGUAUACGAACCUCGCAUCUUGUCGGCAAAAUAUGUUUGCAAGUUUUAACAAUCAGUUGCCAUUUUAUAGAGUUGCUACAAGGUUGUGACUCCCCACUGGGCACACGACGCUGUUGCAACUUUGAAAUUCGGUUGAAAAACGUCACGGCGCCGCAACCUAAUAGGACGGCAACGCGACGACGACGGCCAAAACAAACUCCUUCAAAUAAAUGGUAGUAAAGAUAAUUCGUCGUAUAUUAUCAAUCGUAUGAAUUUAAUACAGUCUUAGAAGUUGAAGACAUUUGUUUUAUGGUUGGGAAGAGUUCUCCUGAACCCAGUUUGAAGUUGCACUUGUUGCGGCUUGAAAUGCAGCCGUUGUAUCAAGACGUGAAAAUCUGUGAUUUGGCGUUGUAAACAGAGCGAGGACAAUGUCUAAAUUAUUCAUAUAUUGUAAUUAUUCAAUUCUUUUCAAUGAUCUAUUGUAUUGGUAGCCGUUGCCGUCGCGUUGCCGUCCUAAAAUCGUAAUGUCUCUAAUAUCAACGUCCAACGUUGCUCAACUUCAGCUACCAGACGUCGAUUCAACGUUCAUUCAUGCAUGGUUGAUUACAGUAUACGACGUGAACAUGUCAAGUAAAUUCAACGUUGUUUCAAAGGGGAUUGAAUGUUGAAUUAUUGUUGACGAGAUUUGCAACCUAUGGCCACAUAAAAUAAAUUCAUUGAUUCUCAUCACCGCCCGAGUGUAUUUUAAGAGCCUCGUGAAAAUUUUUUUAUAUUUCGUUAUACAAUAUAAAUGUACCGUUUUUAGGCUCAUUUUAAACUGCCAUGUUCAAGAAUGUUACAACGUUGACCACACAAGGUUGUAACAAUAUUGUUAUAUCAUGACUGUAUUACAACCUCCCGUCUAAGACGAGUUUCCUGUCCCUAAUAUGAAUUCGGCUAAUAUCAACAAGGUUAUUACAAGGUGUUAACAGCUUGUUCCAAACUUGUUGACAACUUGGGACAAGCAGUGCGAACACAACUUGUUGAUGGCUUGUUGGCGGACUUGCUUGCUACAAGAUGUGAGAUUUUUGUGUGUGUAAGAGCACGUGGUACAACACAGUGACAUCUGGAAUACAUUGCAUGUUAGCAUGUGUGAAGAUUAUAUUUAUGGAACUAAAUAAUUAUUUAAUGGCGAAGUCUCUAAAGAAACAAAUUUGCUUGUGAGGUUACUGUAGAUAUCGUAACGUGUAUAAUGAAUGCAAUUUGUAUAUUAUUUAGAAGUCCGUGGAGACUGUUUUGUUUAACCCUGCUGCUGAAAAUGUAAGUUUUAAAUAGGAUGAGGCGGUCCAGGGUAAAAAACUUUUUUUUAUCAGGUUUGUCUUCACGUGGGACUCGUGUCCUGUUGACUAUAUCUUCCACCACAUUUAAAUGCAGUGUUGCUCAGUUUUUUAAAACAUUUAUUUGUAAUAAUUUUAUAGUACUUUUGUAUGGUUGCAUGUAAAGUUAAUAAAUGAACAAAUCAAUAAGAUCGUCCGAUGUACCCUAAUGAUAAGUGUGGUACUGUAAUUAGGUUUAGUUUUUGUACAGAAUCCUCCGUCUCUGACGGAUGACUUGAUGCCAUUGGGGAUGGAGGAUGUAGCAUUGGUUGGAUAAGGAUUACAGUUAUCCCUGUGUCGGUGAAGGCGCUUGAUUAUUCAUGCCGCAGAUGCGUCUCGAACAGCCACCGAUUCCAUCCCCACCAGUGACUGCGGGCAAUCUUAGGCUAGAAUAACGAGUGUUCUGAUAAAUCGUCACGCUAUACUGUACAUCAAACAAAUUAACUAGUAUUAAAUUAGCUAAAACAUAAUGAACUGAUUAUUACAGUAGGAUAAAUGUUUCAAACCUAUACAGUCAUACAGCACCUGUAAGUGCACGAAAUAGUUUCGUGACGACUUAACGUUUGUCUUGGAGGACGCGCAAUGUUUCAAUUCUAUUACAAAAAAUAUUGCGUUCAAAUUGGAUAAGACUCGCUACCAAAGUCCGUUGACUCGAUAGUUUAAUGGGUAGAGCGGCGAGUUAGAAACACAAAGGGUGCUCGGCUUUUUGUAUAUAAUUAUUCGUCUCUUACGUGACGACUAAUUGCUAUAUUGGGGAUGAAGUACAGUAGCAUUGGUUAAGGAUUACAGUAAUCCCUAUAAUAUACCUGUGAAAGCGCUUGAUUAUUAUCGAAGAGCUGCCAAUUCCAUCCCUACCGGUAUAACUUCUUUAAAAAUACAGCCAACAUUAACAACUAACAAAAUACAACUAACGAAACGAGCAAUAAAACUUGCAUAAUAAGCUUGUAGCCUAACUAGUUAAUUUGUAUAGUUGAUUGUACUGUUGGCAUUUGAUAAAUUUAAUCUGAACUAGUCUUCUAUUUUAUUAGGUUUUGGCCUCUGGUGCUGGCAAUGAAGUCAAAAUAUGGGAUAUUUCAUCAGGAAAAGACAAAACCUGUAAGUGCCUAAAAUUACAAACGACUAAACGUAGCUAUGAACUUUGCCUAUAAUUAUAGUACUGUACAAUUUAUCCAAAAAUGAAACCCAUGUCUGAUUGUCUGGAUAUCGAUAUAUUUUACUAAAGCUUUUAACGAACAUGCUGAUGUUGUUCAAAGUAUAACAUGGAAAGAAGAUGGCAGUCUGCUUGCUACAGGAUGCAAGGUAUAUAUAAAUUAUCCGAGUUGAGAAUUAUCUGUUCUGCAUUGUUUGUUGUUGCAAACGAACAACAGAGGAGUAAGUUUAGGAUAUGUGCAGUACAGUAUCAUAAAAUGCUAAAAAGAUGUUCUAAUUGUUGCUUUAUAUAGGAUAAAAAGAUCCGAAUAAUUGAUCCGCGUGCUUCUGUGCUUGCUCAAGUAAGUCAAGCAAGUUUUUACAGAGUUAGAAAUAACACGGCCAACAUUCUAUAACUUAUUACCAAUAAGUUUCUUUUGUUCUGCGUGGAACUUUUCGUUUUCCAUGUGCCUUUUGAUAUAUAUUUUUUUAAUUUGCCAAGGUUAUUUUCACACUCGCAACCAGAGUAGUUGUUGUAGGACCCGUAACUUACCCUCGUCAUUUUUGGUCGCGUUGUUUAGUGACAAUAACUAUUCUUAGGGAUGUUGUGUGAAUCACUGUGUAACAUUAUCGCAUUACGGUUUCUGGGAUUCAUAAUUUGUCAGUUGUUUGUACUGGACUGAAAUCAACACUCUUUGCAAUCUUAAGAAUUUAAUACAUUGCACACCAUGGCCAGAUGUUGAGCGGAGGUAUGGAGAGGCGCGUGCACCUCUCCUGAGAUCGUUUUGCACUUCCCCUGAAAAGUCAUGCACCUCCUCUUGGGAAAGAUUAAAUGAUAGAUCAAAGUGAAAAAGAUUUAUCUGUUGCUUAGGGUGUACACUUUGUAAAAACGUUCUUCUAUAAAAUUGAAACAAUGAUAUAGCCAUUCAUCUUUUUGGCAAGUACCCUUUUGAUGCAAUGUUUUGAAAGAAUGACCUGAUUCUCUACGAGAAUGACGAACUCUCCACGAUUUCUGUACAAUUAUCAAAAGAUUUGUUUAGCUUAUGCUAAUGUUAUGAUAUGAUAAUUAAAAAUGAAAAUUAAAGCCCAGCAAAUGACUUUCAGACAAGACAUAACAAAAAUAUAAAAUUUAUUGGCUAACGUUUCGUUGUAUUGUUCACAACAUCUUCAGAGCAAUUAAACUUACUUACAAGCGUGUAUUAUAUACAGUAUAUACAAAUUUAUAUAAUACACAACGAAACGUCAUUAAUAUUUCAUGAGGAAAUCACUGCUCUGUCGGUGGUUUUAUAUGUUAUAAAAAAUCAUGUUAAUUUACAUAAACUUUAGCUUUGAUUUUCUCGGCUUAGACAAAGUUUAUUUUAAAAAUUACUUUGGAGCUGUUUUCCAAUUUCCUGUAGAUCUUUGAAACAUCUUUCAUUUAAGAAGAUAUGAAACGAUUUGUCUUGAUAUGUUGCAGGAAGGCGCAGCUUUUGGCGGUGGAAAGGAGACUCGUGUACAGUGGGUUGGAAACGAAGAUCAAAUUCUUGCAACCGGAGUUAGCACGGUAAAAAUAACGAUAUGUUGUGUACCUGGAUCGGAUGUCAAUUGGGACUUUUGUCCUGUUUUCUUUCCCUGCCACAAACUUUAACUAUACUGUCUGUAUAAAAGUGUUUCGUAUGUAAUCGGUGGUACAAAUCUAUUAAACUAAACUAAACCUUUUCAUAGUUCUACAGAUUAAGUAUUUUAGCAAAACCAUGGAUCUUUACUCUCACCCCAAAAAAGUGCAUGUCAUGUUUUUUUCUGGCGAGAGGAUCCACGGUCUUGAAUCCACGGUUUUGGUAAUACCAUGCAUGUCAGAAAUAUGCAGUAAAGUUGGAUUUCCACCUGCAAGAAAAAUUUCGCUGUCGAAAUCAAAAUUUCUCGCUCAAUUUCUGUGGGCGGUCAAGUAGAACUGAUUCAUUCGGAUGGUCAUGUACAAUUCAAAAGAAAUCAAGCGAAAUAUUUCGACGACGAAAUAUUUCUCUGUAAGUGGAAAUCCAGCUAUGUAAGUGGAAAUCCAGCUAUGUAAGUGGAAAUCCAGCUGUUCCCCAUUGCAAGUACUAUAACCAAUGGAAAUUAUCGAGUGGAAAUUUAUAUACAUUUGUUGUACUGUAUUAUACUAUUUAUAUAUUUAACAAUUAUACCAUGAGCUCGAGUCGUAUAUGAGCUGAUAGCCGACGAGGUGCGUAGCACCGAGUCGGCUAUCAGCCAUAUACGACGAGAGCGAAUGGUAUAAUUGUUUUAUAAUAUAGUCUAAUAGCCAUUAACUGAAGCAAUAAUUAAUUAUCCUCUGUUACAAUGUCUUUGUUUUGCCAAAACCCGCCUGGCAAUUUGAAAUACUUUUGUUUUACAACUCGAAAACGAAGUGAAAGAAAUGGUUUUAGAACCAGUAUAUCUCACAGAAAAGCUCAGAUAUAUUGUACAGAUGUUUGGUAGUAUAGUAAGUGCUUGUUGACUGCAAAUUCAUUUGUCUUUCGUUGCAAACUUUUCUGAACAAUUUAUAUUCUCAUGAACAUGUUUUUUUCGCUGUUGUUUCAGUAUUAAUUAUUUAAUAUUCUUUGUAUUUAAACUAAUUUCUAUGUAAUAAAUGUAUUUUUCUAACCUUUCAAAAUUUCGGGAGUUUUUUCUUGUAGCUACUAUUAUCUUUCUCAAAGCGAAUAUUUUCCUUUUUUCUGCUUCGCAAAACUCAUGUAGUUUUUGGACCGCCAUCUUGUUUUUUUUCGCUACUCGCUGUAUAUGAGCUGAUAUACGGCGAGUAAUUCAACCAAUCAGAUUGCAGAACAGCUCAUAUACGGUGAAUGACUAUAUUAUAAUAUUUAUUAGACAUUUUAUAUACAUCUAAUAAAUGCAUAUAAAUUUCCACUCGAUAAUUUCCACCUACGAUACCCUUCAACUUUUAUUCAAUCGAGUGAGAUGCCAACAAAAUCUUGAUGUCAACCAAUUUUUACCCUAUAUAUAUUUUGAAUGUUUAGUCACGGAAACAAGAACUUGGAAUAUGGGAUACACGUAAUCUAUCAAGCAGUUUAAAACAGAUCUCAGUAGGAUCAUCAUCAAGG